CACGUGCAGCGCUCACAGUGCGCACUCGCCGCCGACGCUCUCUCAGUCUGAGUCUGAGACUGCAGCAACGUUGUCCGAACGGCAUUCUACUCUCUCCCAUACAGACAUCCAUGCUGGCCGCCACUCACACACGCGCGGUAGCCUGGCUCGCGAACAGCUGUCGCAGCCGCACGGCAGUGACCCGUGCUCUGCAUACCCACUCCCGGAGCCAACCUCGUCAGGCCCGGAGGCUCUUCUGGUACUCUGCUUUGGCUGUCACCGCCGCCACUGCUUUCGGCUCAACAGUGCGGCUCGAUGCUCCGCCACCUGACGGAGAUUCACAAGACACCGAGCUGGACCCGGCCACCUCAAUCGCGUUCCCGAAGACACUCCACAUUCCAUCCAAAACACCCCUUCCGGAAUUCUCGUUGGUCGGGCUUGGUGUCAGAACGGUCUCUUUCCUGGGUAUCAAGGUCUACUCUGUUGGAUUCUAUGCAGAUCUCGCGAACCCUAGCCUCAACAUCCCUAAGUCUGCAUCGCCGGACGAAAAGAUUGACUACAUUGUACGGAACACAGCUUGUGUCCUACGGAUCAUGCCUACGCGGUCGACGUCGUACAGCCACCUGCGCGAUGGGUUCGUGCGCGCCUUGCAGGCGCGCAUGGUGCUAUGCAAACAGCGCGGAAGCUUACCUGCGGAUGAGGAACUUGGCAUUCUCUCGCCGCUACGCAAAUUCAAGUCAAUGUUCCCGAAUACUCCACUUGCAAAACAUUCACCCCUCGAGAUCCUGCUUACUGCCCCGGGAGCGCAACCGCGCUCGUUGAUCGUUCGUGACCUAGGAUCUGUGCAAAGCGACUGGCUCGCCACUGAGUUCGUUCUGGCGUACUUCGAGGGCAAUGGCAUCAGCCCUCCGCUCAAAAAGACGGUGGCGGAAAGACUGGCUGACUUUGGACAGUAGGACCAUGUAGAAGCGUACCGUACAUUUAAUCCGCUCGGAAGUGUCCUGUCGAAUGUUAUUGGACAUGAUUUCUA